ACAUGGACACCCUACGUCACGGUCACAAACAACCGAGAGCCUUUAGCUGUAGCUCUUCCCGCACAGCGCCGUGAAGGUGGCCGGCUCGCUGCAGCCGCUAAUGGAAACGACAACAUUUCCCGGAUUUUCGUCUCCAUAAGAGGAUCCAGCGAUGAGUCUGAGAACCGUAUAAGUGGCGGUGGGCGCACAUCUACCUGCAUAAUAACACAUAUAGCUGCUAAGCUAAGCUAAACGGAGCUAGGCUAACGGCGGAGUCUCCUCGGCGCUGUGACCGGGGAAGGAGCUCGGGCGCCCGGCAGAGCGCUGUGUUUACCACCGCUCAAGGACAGAGGCAUCUCUCCAAGUGACGCCAUACCCCGGGAGCGGCCGGUGCCCCAGCCGAAGAGACGGGGAACAGGAUUGGGAAGCAGGGGGGAGCGGCCACCGCAGAACCCGUGGAGAAGAUGCAGGCUGGCAGCCCGGAGAAGGGCUCCUCCUCGGCGCAGGAGCUCAAGGAGCAGGGCAACCGCCUGUUCCUCUGCCGCAAGUACCAGGAGGCCGCUGCCUGCUACAGCAAAGCCAUAAACCGGAAUCCCUCAGUAGCCGUCUACUACACUAAUCGGGCAUUGUGCUACGUGAAGCUACAGCAGUAUGAUAAAGCACUGGCUGACUGCAAACACGCGCUAGAGCUCGAUAGCCAAUCAGUCAAGGCACACUUCUUCCUGGGGCAGUGUCACCUGGAGCUGGAGAAUUAUGAGGAGGCCAUAGGCAACCUGCAAAGAGCAUACAACCUGGCGAAAGAGCAGCGUCUGAAUUUUGGCGAUGACAUUCCGAGCGCUCUGCGCAUCGCUAAGAAAAAGCGCUGGAACAGCAUGGAGGAAAAACGGAUCAGCCAGGAAAACGAGCUGCAUGCCUAUCUCACCAAACUCAUCCUGGCCGAGAGGGAGAGGGAAAUGGAGGCCUACAGAGAGAAGCAGGUGGACGACAAUCAGAUCGACAGUGAAAUCAGCAAGAUCAAAUCCAAACAUGAUAAGUAUCUGAUGGACAUGGAUGAGCUCUUCGCUCAAGUGGACGAGAAGAGAAAGAAGAGGGAGAUUCCAGACUAUCUUUGUGGGAAAAUCAGCUUUGAACUGAUGAGGGAGCCUUGCAUCACGCCCAGUGGCAUCACCUACGACCGCAAAGACAUCGAGGAGCAUCUACAGCGUGUGGGACAUUUUGACCCGGUGACCCGUAGUCCUCUGACUCAGGAUCAGCUGAUCCCUAAUCUGGCCAUGAAGGAGGUGAUCGAUGCCUUCAUCCAGGAGAACGGCUGGGUGGAGGACUACUGAAAACACACACACACACAGACAGAUGGAUGGACAGACGGACAGGUCGGGAGGAGUGUGAGAGUAGAACUAGAGUGGCCUCCUGUAUGUAUGUGUGCACUUUAAGCAGGAGGAACCUCACCAUGAAACAGUCCUUUAAACUGCUGGAGUCUCUCAGGUCUCCUGCCUUCUCGCUCUCUCUCUCUUUCUAUCUCUCGCUCUCUCUCUCGCUCUCUCUCUAUCUCUGUCUCUCUCUUGGUCUCAACUUGUCAUGUUUGUGCCACAGCCCUGCAUCCAUGCUUUCAAAACAAGGGUUGUGGGGCUUCUCUCUCUCUCUCUCUCUCUCUCUCUCUCUCUCUCUCUCUCUCUCUCUCUCUCUCUCUCUCUCUCUCUCUCUCUCUCUCUCUCUCUCUGUGUGUUCUGUUCUGAUGUAUUCUGGUGUUUUCUCAGUGUGAACUGGAUUAAGGUAAAUAGUACAUACUUUAUUUGGCCACCAGAAAACCAUUAAACGAUGCUCCCUCUCUCUCUCAUGCACACAUGCAUGUCUCUCUUUCUCCCUCAGAGCUCACUGCAGACAGACAUCGUUUUCGCUUACUAGAAAUCUUGCCAGAUUUGUCCAUGGAUUCUGUGCAGUCAGAGUUCGAACGGUCGGAUGAUGCUAUAAGAAACGCCAAAUUAAACAAGAUGAUCCGUCAAAAGAGGGAAAGUCUUGGGAAGCCUCUCAGCGUGGAGGUGGUGAAUGUGUGUUUGUGGGGUCUUAUUGCUGGAGCUUUAUCACACAAGUUGAGUCUUGCGAGCCAGAUGUGAUCACGUAAGAGGAAAACACAUCUGGGGACAGCUUAAAUUUGGGUGCCGGAUUGCAGUGAAAUCUGAAAGGGUACAAGGAUACGCCCCCCCUAAACCCCCAGAGCUGUCUAAACACCCAGAACACGAUCAGUAACGCCAACAGAACAGCUUUUACCUCACGAGACGUAAAGCUUAUUCUUUAGUAGGGAAGCACCGACAUGGUACGGAGCCCCACUGUCGACAUCCUGUAUAAAUAAAUAUAAUGUGUGGCCACGACUUAGUAAGGCGUGGGAACGAGAUCCAAAUGCGUGGUCACAACUUAGUAAAACAUGAGGUCGGCUUAUUUUUAUUUAUAUGGGACGUCACCAUCAGGGCUCCGUGAUAUGGGAAUUGUGGGCUGAGGCUGAUGUCUGACCACCUUUGUGUAUUUACUGUUGUGUGCACGUUUGUGCACCAAUGGUGAAAUGAUAUUUUGUUGGUUUUUCUUAUUGAGCACAUCCUCUACAGAGACCACGCUUUAACUCACAGUUACUGUUUAUUUCAUAAAUUCAACAUUUUUCGUCCGUGGGCUGACGACAGGUGACGAACCCACCACUUGGUGCUCACUUGGUUUUGAAAUUUCCAGCUCGGUUGGUUCCCACUCUAAGACGUCUUUGUUCUCACCCACAUUUAGCGCAGAGAUCCUCGCGCUCGUCCCCAGGUGUUCUCCUCGUGAGAUCACGCCCGGCCCACCGAGACCGAGUGACAUAAUGUUUAUUAUACAGACAUUGGAGUUAAUGAGAUGGUUAGGAAGGGUUAAAACGCUGGUGUGCCAGAGUUUUCGCUUGGAAAAUGUUGCUGUGGGUGAAUUUCUUUAAUCUGUAAAUUUUUAUAUAUACAUACUCGCGCAACAGUUCCAGAGAUCCAGUACCUCGCAACGUAUUCAAUCAAACUGUGGUAGAUCUCGAGCAAUCAGGGGAAGGGGGAGGAGCCUAGGAAUCAGCAGCAACAUGCAAUCAUUACUAAUGCUAUGUUACAGACCAUACCUCUGCUUUACUGUGUGAGUGUGUGUGUGUGUGUGUGUGUGUGUGUGUGUGUGAGAGAGGUGUGGUGUGUAAGUCAGUCUGGUUUUAGUCUGUAAAGUUUGGUUACCCUUUUUCUGUUUGGUUGUAUUAGAUGCUUCACUUUUAAUUUGUCCAGAACACACAAACUCAUAUUUGGGUUUUUUUUUUUUUUUUUUUGGUCUCUGUGUCUGGCUAGGUUAGCCGUUAGCUAGAAGUCUUUAAAGCUCCUUAGCUGUCGAUGAAGCUGUUACUGGCUACAGCAAGUAUUCAGAUGAGAAGAGUAACAUUUGGACGCAUGUUAAAUAAAUCUUAUUUUUUCUAAAAA